UAGUAGAGAGCAUUUACUCUGCAGAACUUGAUGUUUUAUCUGAAGAUACUGAGGUCCUGACGCUGUAGUCAGAGGGGUGUCCUCUGCAAACACUGCAUCUAACUGACACUUCCUGAGAUGCCACUGUCCUGGUACCAUGGGAAUAUCACUCGCUCCAAAGCUGAGGAUCUGCUGUCACAUGCUGGCAAGGAUGGGAGUUACCUAGUGCGAGAUAGUGAAUCGGUUUGCCGGGCGUAUGCUCUUUGCGUGCUGUUCCAGAACUGUGUCUACACAUACCGAAUUUUACGGAAUCCCGGGAGUCAGCUGUCAGUUGAGGCAUCAGAAGGUGUCCCCAUGCGCUUGUUUGUAAACCUCCAAGAACUGAUUGACUUUUAUCGGAAAGAGAAUGUUGGACUCGUCACUAACCUACGGAAUCCUGUGCAGCGAGAGGAAGAGGGACCUGAAGAGCUUGAUGAAGAUCAGGAGCCCACCCCUCCAAAUGUGCCACCGAGGAAUUUUACCCCUACGUUGCUACCAUCAGAAGUAAAGGAUUUCCCUCUGAGCACAGAUAAAAAUUAUGUUGGGAACAAUUUGCUGUUCAUUUCUGAAACAUUUCUACAGAGACUGCAGGACAUUGACACGCGCAGCGUUUCAGAAGAGCACUUACAGGCCAUUCGCAAGUACUUGAGUCUCCACAUGACCAGCGACUGUGAGAUGGUGCGGAAUGGAUCUCAGAGCCUCCCACAGCUCAAGAAGCUUCUGAUGACUCUUUGUACCGGGCUGUACAGUGAGUUGACCCGCACUCUGCCAGCCCUGGAGUCUCUGCAGAGCACAUUUGAACCCCAGUUCUCUCCAGGAUUCCGCCAACGAUCUCCUCUAUCCACUGACCCCGGCACAAGUAACAUGAUGAGUAAACUCAACCAGCUCACUUCUAUGGUUUCCAGCUUAGAAGAAAAGGUUAAAACAGUGUUGAUGGAAGGCUCCGCAGUGAAGCAUCGCAGAUCACUAAUCCCUCCAAUCAUUUUUGAGGUUAAAGCAGAUUCUUUAGGAAUUUUCCAGAAGACUCACCUGAAAGUUGAUGUCGAAACUGGAAAACUUGUAAUCAAGAAGUCAAAAGAUGGUCCAGAUGACAAAUAUUAUUCCAGCAAGAAAAUUCUGCAGCUGAUCAAGUCACAGAAGUUGCCAAAUAAAUUAAUCAUUGUCCUGGAGACGGAGAAGGAAAAGACAUUGCGCAAAGAAUAUCUUUUUGCUGAUUCCAAGAAGCGAGAAGGGUUUUGCCAACUCCUACAGCAGAUGAAGAAUAAGCAUUCAGAUCAGUUAGAGCCGGACUUGUUGACAAUUUUUACUGGCACAUGGAAUAUGGGUGAUGCUCCCCCACCAAAGGAUAUCACAUCAUGGUUCCUAUGUAAAGGUCAGGGAAAGACACGUGAUGAGACAGCAGAUUACAUUGAACAUGAUAUAUAUGUAAUCGGUACACAAGAGGAUCCACUGAAUGAAAAGGAGUGGGCAGAAAUUUUGCUCCGUUCCCUAAAUGAGGUCACCACUGCUGAGUAUAAGCUGAUAACAAUCCAGACACUCUGGAACAUACGGAUUGUGAUCCUGGCCAAGCAAGAACAUGCUCACCGAAUCAGCCACAUUAGCACCAACAGUGUGAAGACUGGAAUUGCUAAUACGCUUGGAAACAAAGGAGCAGUCGGUGCCUCUUUUAUGUUCAAUGGGACUUAUUUUGGCUUCAUUAACAGUCACCUUACUUCUGGCAGUGAAAAGAAACUCAGGAGGAAACAGAAUUACUUUAACAUAUUGCGCUUCCUGAUUAUGGGUGACAAGAAGCUCAUUCCUUUCAAUCUCUCCCAUCGAUUUACCCAUCUUUUUUGGCUGGGGGAUCUCAAUUACCGAGUUCAACUUCCUAACAGUGAGGCAGAGAACAUUGUACAGAAGAUUAAACAACAGCAAUACCAGGAACUACUGGCCUAUGACCAGUUAAAUAUGGAGCGUAUGGAGAGCCAAGUCUUCCUCUACUUCAAUGAAGAAGAUAUCACUUUUCCUCCAACAUAUCGGUUUGAGAGAGGAACCAGAGAGCGGUACUGCUAUACCAAGCAGAAAGCAACAGGGUGUAAAUACGAACGACCCCCCUGCCCCCCCGGUUGUUACGCCACUGGUCCCCAGAUGCACUUCUUAUGUCAGUCCUAUGGAUGCACAGAGGAUAUCACCACCAGUGACCACUCUCCUGUAUUUGCCACAUUCCAGGUUGGAGUAACUUCUCAGUUCGUCUCUAAAAACAAUCCCAAUGAUUCAGAUGAGCAGGGAUAUAUUGAACUACUGAACUGCAAAGCUACUCUGUACACCAAAAGCCACACCAAAUUCUACAUAGAGUUUCAUUCUACUUGCCUAGAAAAUGUAGUAAAGAGUUCAGAAGCCGAGGAUCAGGAUGGAUGUAAUGGCACUCUAAUGGUGACGUUUGGAACCCUUCCAAAGCUUACCCCAAUCAUCUCAGAUCUCGAGUAUCUCCUGGAUCAGCAUUUACUGAUAUGUAUCAAGUCAUCUGACACUGAUGAGUCAUACGGUGAAGGCUGCAUCGCUCUGCGCAUGGAGGAUCCUCAGGAGCAGCAAUUCCCUUUCUCUACUCCACUAACCCACCACGGAGAGGGGACGGGCUCCUUCCAGGGCGAGAUUUGCCUGCAGGCUGCCUGUGGAAAACAGAGAGAAAAGCUAUAUGACUUUGUUAAGAUUGAAAAAGAUGAAGCAGUGGUACAAAAACAGCAGUUGAAGCCCCAAUGCAGCCAUCAGUGGGAGCAGUCAUUCAGCACAGAUCAAAAUGUGCCAAAUCAAGUGUUAGCUAACCAGAUGAAGCAGGGCCCUCCCGACACUCCGGCAGGAUUCAAAGUGAAUGAUCAGCGAGCCAAACCUAGCUCUCCAGUGCUGGGUCGUGGUGACACACCAGUCACUCCCCCUAUUCGUAUUCCUUCAUCAACUCAAAAGUUUGCACCUUGUCCCAAUGCUCGAGGACAUCCAAGUACCCGUCAGCCAGAGUCAUUUCGUCCUCCGGCUUCAUUUGACGCACCAGAAAUGAUUGAUAAUCCAUUAUAUGGCCCAGUCAACACUGGCUCUAUUCCACCACCAGCUCAGAAUCGGCCUUAUAAACCUCCUGAGCCUGCCCCUCGUAAAAACCCAGCCGUCCGUCAGCGAUCUAUGACCUAUUCCUCUUCAGAGAAGAAGCCUGCUGUUCUUGACAAACCUGCAGUUAAGAACGUUCUAUCAGCCAUCCCUCAAAGCAGCAUCACCCGGCCUGAAGUUGCUGCGUCUAAGCCUCGUCCUCCAUUGCCUGUGAAAAGUCAUGCUGUACGUGAUGCCCAGAACAACUAACCGCAUCACUUGUUUGCUUU